UGCCGGAGAAGUAUAUAAGCCCCCGGGGAUAAACGUAUAACGCGGCUUCACACACACUGUCUUCCCUUUCUUGAUCACCCAAACCUCAGCUCAAACCGUCUCAAGAUGGCACCAAAGAAGGCCAAGAGGAGGCAGGCAGCAGGAGACAGCGGCUCCUCCAACGUGUUCUCCAUGUUUGAGCAGAGCCAGAUUCAGGAGUACAAAGAGGCUUUCACAAUCAUUGACCAGAACAGAGAUGGUAUCAUCAGCAAAGAUGACUUGAGGGACGUGCUGGCCUCAAUGGGCCAGCUGAACGUGAAGAAUGAGGAGCUGGAGGCCAUGAUCAAGGAGGCCAGCGGCCCAAUCAACUUCACCGUCUUUCUCACCAUGUUCGGAGAGAAGCUGAAGGGUGCUGAUCCCGAGGACGUUAUUCUUAGCUCCUUCAAGGUCCUGGACCCCGAGGGUACUGGAACCAUCAAGAAGGAAUUCCUUGAGGAGCUCUUGACCACUCAGUGCGACAGGUUCUCCAAGGAGGAGAUUAAGAACAUGUGGGCCGCCUUCCCCCCAGAUGUUGCUGGCAACGUAGACUACAAGAACAUCUGCUACGUCAUCACACACGGAGAGGAGAAAGAGGAGUAAAGAGAAAGCUAGAAGACAAGAAAGACAACAAUCCCUUUGCUAUUCUGCCUUCCCUGUCCUUUUCUUUCCUCCUCUUCCUUCCCACUCACCUUCUGUGUAAACCCAGGUGCUCAGCCGCUCACGUUUAAACCAAAGACUUGUCACACUGACACAUGAGAUGACUGAUGCCCGUGGGAUGUCUAUGUUUGCUUAUGGGGAAUAAGGAUGAUGCUCAAUAAAAUUAUCCUCUGA